AUGGAGCAGAUGGACUGCAAACCCUAUCAGCCACUGUCAAAAGUUAAACAUGAAGUAGAUCUAACUUACACAAGUUCUUCAGAUGAAAGUGAAGAUGGGGGAAAGCAAAGACAAUCUUAUGACUCAAGAGAAACUCUGAAUGACUAUAGUCAAGAGCUAAGACUUAAUUAUAACAGUCAUAGCAGAAAAAGAAAAACCAUUGAACAGUCCACGCAAGACAUGGAAUUCUGUGAGACUCCCCAUAUUCUGUGCUCUGGCUACCAAACAGAUUUACACGGUGUAGCUGAGCACAGUUACCCGCUAGAGGUGGGCUCAGACGUGGAUACUGAGACAGAAGGUGGUGCCUCCCCGGAUCAUGCCCUGAGGAUGUGGAUGAGGGGGAUGAAAUCGGAACACAGCUCCUGUUUGUCAAGCCGGGCAAACUCAGCAUUGUCCCUCACUGACACUGACCAUGAAAGGAAGUCUGAUGGGGAGAAUGAUAUGCCAGGUAGCCCACACAACCAAUUCACCUUCAGACCCCUCCCGCCUCCACCUCCACCACCGCAUGCGUGCACCUGCACCAGAAAACCACCUCCAACAGCCGAUUCUCUCCAGAGAAGAUCAAUGACCACCCGCAGCCAGCCCAGUCCUGCUGCCCCGACUCCCCCCACCAGUACGCAAGAUUCGGUGCAUCUCCAUAACAGCUGGGUCUUGAACAGCAACAUACCGCUGGAAACCAGGCAUUUCCUAUUUAAACACGGAUCUGGGUCUUCAGCUAUCUUCAGCGCAGCCAGUCAGAACUAUCCUUUAACAUCCAAUACUGUUUACUCUCCACCUCCUAGGCCUCUUCCUAGAAGUACCUUUUCCAGACCUGCCUUCACUUUUAACAAACCUUACAGGUGUUGCAACUGGAAGUGCACCGCUCUGAGUGCUACUGCUAUUACAGUCACCCUGGCGUUGUUGCUAGCCUAUGUUAUCGCAGUACACUUGUUUGGUUUAACCUGGCAACUACAGCCUGUUGAAGGGCAGCUCUAUGAAAAUGGAGUUAGCAAAGGAAAUAAAGGAACAGAAUCCAUGGAUACUACUUACUCGCCAAUCGGAGGAAAAGUUUCUGAUAAAACAGAAAAAAAAGUGCUUCAGAAGGGACGGGCCAUAGACACAGGAGAAGUUGAGAUCGGAGCACAGGUUAUGCAGACGAUCCCCCCUGGUUUAUUCUGGCGCUUUCAGAUUACUAUACAUCACCCCAUGUACCUGAAAUUUAACAUUUCGCUGGCGAAGGAUUCUCUGCUGGGAAUUUAUGGCAGAAGAAACAUUCCACCUACUCACACUCAGUUUGAUUUUGUAAAACUGAUGGAUGGAAAACAGUUAAUUAAACAGGAACCAAAAAACUCAGAGGAGCCUCAGCAAGCUCCCAGGAACCUGAUCUUAACUUCACUGCAAGAGACAGGUUUCAUUGAGUAUAUGGAUCAAGGAGCUUGGCAUAUGGCAUUCUACAAUGAUGGAAAGAAGGUGGAGCAAGUGUUUGUACUAACUACAGCGAUUGAAAUCCUGGAUGACUGCUCUACUAAUUGCAAUGGGAAUGGAGAAUGUAUCUCGGGGCACUGCCACUGUUUCCCAGGAUUCCUCGGUCCUGAUUGUGCAAAAGAUUCCUGUCCAGUGCUGUGCAGCGGAAAUGGAGAAUAUGAGAAAGGUCACUGUGUGUGUCGAAAUGGGUGGAAAGGACCAGAGUGUGAUGUUCCAGAAGAACAGUGUAUUGAUCCGACCUGCUUUGGCCAUGGCACUUGUAUCAUGGGCGUCUGCAUCUGUGUCCCUGGCUACAAAGGAGAGAUUUGCGAGGAAGAGGACUGCUUGGAUCCGAUGUGCUCUGGCCACGGUGUGUGCGUUCAAGGGGAGUGUCACUGCUCCACGGGCUGGGGCGGCGUGAACUGUGAGACGUCGCUUCCCGUGUGCCAGGAGCAGUGCUCGGGGCAUGGGACUUUCCUCCUGGACACGGGACUCUGCAGCUGUGAACCGCAGUGGACGGGUUCAGACUGUUCCACAGAGCUGUGUACCCUGGACUGUGGCAGCCACGGUGUCUGUUCGAGAGGGAUAUGCCAGUGUGAAGAAGGCUGGGUGGGACCGACCUGUGAAGAACGUACCUGCCACUCUCACUGCGCUGAACACGGCCAGUGCAAGGACGGGAAGUGUGAGUGCAGCCCUGGAUGGGAAGGGGACCACUGCACCAUUGAUGGCUGCCCAGGUCUCUGUUACGGAAAUGGGAGGUGCACUCUUGAUCAGAAUGGGUGGCACUGUGUUUGUCAAGUGGGCUGGAGUGGCUCGGGCUGUAACGUUGUCAUGGAAAUGGUGUGUGGAGAUAACCUGGACAAUGAUGGAGAUGGCUUGACAGACUGUGUAGACCCUGACUGUUGUCAGCAAAGCAAUUGUUACGCAAGUCCUCUCUGCCAGGGUUCGCCUGAUCCCCUUGACCUCAUUCAGCACAGCCAACCGCCUUUCUCUCAGCAUCCUCCCAGGCUCUUUUAUGAUCGAAUCAGAUUCCUUAUUGGGAAGGAAAGCACUCAUGUCAUCCCAGGAGAUGUCUCGUUUGAGAGCAGACGGGCAUGUGUCAUUCGAGGCCAGGUGGUAGCAAUAGAUGGAACGCCUUUGGUUGGAGUGAACGUCAGUUUUCUGCACCACAAUGAGUAUGGGUACACCAUCAGUCGACAAGAUGGAAGUUUUGACCUUGUGGCUGUUGGAGGCAUCUCUGUCACUCUAGUUUUUGACAGAUCUCCUUUCAUAUCUGAAAAAAGGACACUUUGGUUGCCGUGGAAUAGAUUUAUCAUCGUAGACAAAGUUGUAAUGCAAAGAACAGAGUCGGAUGCACUAUCUUGUGACAUCAGUAGUUUUAUCAGCCCAAAUCCGAUUGUACUCCCUUCACCCUUGACAGCGUUUGGAGGGUCCUGUCCCGAAAGAGGAACUGUUAUUCCAGAGCUUCAGGUGGUCCAAGAGGAAAUCCCAAUUCCUUCAAGUUUUGUGAAGCUGAGUUAUCUCAGCAGUCGAACGCCAGGCUAUAAAACUUUGCUGCGCAUUAUUUUGACACAUACAACCAUUCCUUCUGGAAUGACAAAAGUCCAUCUGAUAGUUGCUGUUGAAGGACGUCUGCUUCAGAAAUGGUUUCCUGCUGCAGCCAAUUUGGUAUACACGUUUGCCUGGAACAAGACAGAUAUAUAUGGACAGAAGGUUUCUGGUCUGGCCGAGGCUAUGGGUAUGUAG